AUGGCCACGAACGCCCAGUCCGGGACUUCUACGCCCUUCUCCGCGACGACCACGCUCUCGGCUCCGCCCACCCCAAAACUGAAGGCCUCGCCGGCCAAUGAUCUGCAGAGCAUUGCAGAGUCUGGGGCUAUCACUGCGUCCACUCUCGUCGAGUACAUUGCUUCGCGCACAGCUUCCUCCUCUUCCGUCUUCGUCUACGACCUAGCCGAGCAGGCUGGCUUUGGAUCGCUCACCAAAUCUUGGGCGGAUGCCGGCAGCGAGACCGCCCCCGUCGUCUCUCUCCAGACCAGGGCUGGCGCGGGCCUCAGCCUGGUCGGCCGACUCUCUCAGGGCACCAGCAAGGAUGCUGCGAAAGGUGCCGUCCUGACCGCUUACACCACCCCCUCUGGGCUGGCCGCGAUGGUCCAGUCCCUCACCUACCUGCCCCCCGCGACCCCGACGAGCCGCCUCGUUAUCCAGGUGCCCACCGUGAGGCCCGUGGGCGAGCAGUUCGCGCUCUCUCCCACGCUCGCCCCGUUCACCCCCGCGCUCGCGCUCCUCCCCGAGGGCUUCACCGUGCUGCUCUCCGCGACGCCGCAGGAGGCGGUCGACCUCGCCGCGCUCUCGUACCAGCUGACGGACACCCAUGUCAUCCACCUCUUCGACCACCACGGCUCCGCGCGCGAGACCGGGCACGUCGCGACGCCCCCCAUCGUCCUCCCGGAACCCGGGCUGUCGCUGGAGGAGGGCCUGAAGAAGGCGGGGAUCAGCGCGUUCGAGUACGCUGGAGACCAGGAUGCGCAGACGGUCGUCGUGCUGCUCAACGGCCCGCUCGCGCUCACCGCGAAGGCACUCGCAAGCCGUGUCUCUGGCCUCGGCGUCGUGAUCGUGCGCGUCCUGCGUCCAUGGGACGAGCAGGCGCUCCGCGCCGUGCUCCCCGCGUCCGUGAAGAAGGUGCACGUCUUCGACGAGGUGCCGACCGAGACGACGCAGGGUGCGCUCUACCUCGAUGUGUUCGCGGCGCUUCUGAACCCGCUCGAGCGCGGCCCCGUUGUGAAGGCGCACCGCGUCGUGCCCGCGCGCACGCAGGAGUUCCUGACCAACCCGACGUCCUUCCUCACGUUCGUCACCGACUUGCUGCCUUCGCCGGUUCCUAUACCCUCUCUGGCGGCACCGGACCUCAAGAAGCUACUCUUCUUUAGCACGCCCGAGGGCGCGCUGUCCGCGCUUCCGCGUAUGGUGGAAACUGUCUUCCUCCCGCACAAGGCGCUCUCAUCGCGCCUGCUCACGGACUACGACGUGCUGUCGAAGCCCGGAGGCGUCACCGCGGACCGCAUCGUUCUGUCGUCUAAGCAGAACGACGCGCCAUUUGUACCGCUCUCUGCGGUCCUGCCCAUCUCACUUCGCAGUGAUGGUGUAGCGGAUUUCGUCGCCAUCCUUGACCCGGUGUUGCUGAAGUCCCACGACGUGCUCAGCCAUGCCGCUCCUGGCAAGCCGGUACUGGUGGUGACAGACGCAAAGGCCGCCGAGCUGGCCGCAAGUCUGCCUGCUGAGGUCACCGAGCUCAUCCGCGAGCGCAAUCUCCAUCUGUGCACCUUGGAUGCACGAAACGUCGUUUCCGAGCUUGCCAAAGGAAACGCUCACGUCCUCAAGGUACUGGAGAACGUCGUCGUGCUCCUCGCGUUCCUCCGACUAUACCUCGGUCAGGCCGCAACCGAGGACCUCGUCGCAAAGGUCGCACGCGCAGACCUGGGCGACAGCAUCCAAGGCGUAGACCUCACCGCGCUCGUCCACCGCUCAUGGACCAGCCUCGUCGAGAUCGACCUCUCCGCGCCCCCCACAGACCAGCCCGCCUCCACCCCCCUCAAGCGCUUCGAGUUCAACGCGAUCGCCGUCGAGACCGCCGCGGGCGACACCGUCGUAAACGGCGCGCGUCUCGGCUCGUGGCACGACGCCGCGAAGCACAUCCUCUUCCCCUCCGCCUUUACCCCUCCCGGGCUCGCCUCCGCCUCCCCCUCGGAGCAGAACCCCGCGCUGCGCCCGGAGCUGCCCGAGCGCACGUUCCUGAUCACGACGACGGUGAACCGGCGGCUGACGCCGCUCGAGUACGACCGCAACGUCUUCCACCUCGAGUUCGACACGCGCGGGACGGGCCUGCGGUACGAGAUCGGGGAGGCGCUUGGGGUGCACGGGUGGAACGACGCAGGGGAGGUCGCGGCGUUCUGCGCGUGGUAUGGGGUCGACCCGGAUAGGCUGGUGACGCUGCCUGUGCCGGGGACGGAUGGCGCGCGCGUGCAUACGCGCACGGUGUUCCAGGCGCUGCAGCAGCAGGUGGAUCUGUUUGGGAAGCCGACGAAGACGUUUUAUACGGAGCUGGCGGAGUAUGCAACGGACAUGGCAGACCAGUAUGCGCUGCGCUUCAUCGGCAGCCCCGAGGGCGUCGCGACGUUCAAGAAGCUGUCUGAGAAGGACACCGUCACGUUUGCGGAUAUCUUGCUCCGUUAUGGUAGCGCGCGUCCGGGCAUUGAGGUGCUCUGCGAGCUCAUCGGAGACGUCAAGCCCCGCCAUUACAGUAUUGCGAGCUCGCAAUCCGUUGUCGGCGACCGCGUUGACCUGCUCGUCGUGAGUGUCGAUUGGGUCACUCCCAGUGGCUCUCCCCGCUACGGCCAGUGCACGCGCUACCUCUCCGGUCUCAAGGUAGGCCAGAAGGUCACGGUCUCCAUCAAGCCCAGUGUCAUGAAGCUGCCCCCGAGCAACACCCAACCCAUCAUCAUGGCCGGGCUCGGCACCGGCGCCGCGCCCUUCCGCGCCUUCCUGCAGCACCGCGCGCACCUCGCCGCGCAGGGCAUCCCCGUCGGGCCGACGUACUACUACUUCGGCGCGCGCCACGCCUCGCAGGAGUACCUCUACGGCGAGGAGAUCGAGGCGUUCAUCGCGGACGGGACCAUCGCGCGCGCCGGGCUCGCGUUCUCGCGCGACGGCCCGCGCAAGGUGUACAUCCAGCACCGCAUGCGCGAGCACGGGCCCGACCUCGCGCGCAUGCUCUGGGACGAGCAGGCCGUGUUCUACCUGUGUGGGCCGACGUGGCCGGUGCCGGACGUGUAUGAGGCGCUCGUGGACUCGUUGGUGGGGCAUGCGGGGGUGGGGCGGGAGGAGGCGGGGGCGUUCUUGGAGGGGCUGAAGGAGGAGGAGCGGUAUGUGCUGGAGGUGUACUAG